UUAGAAAAUUCGUUUUUCUAUUGGAAGACUCACCUGUGGACAGGUGAAGUGGAAUCAUGGGUGUGAUGUCACUGUUGCUGUUGAUGGUGAUUGGCUGGUGUGGUGGGGCGCCACCGUUGAGAGAGGUGUACAGAAUGCCACAGAGCGCACUUAAAGCUCUGUCUGAUAGAGGAACAGUAGUGAUGGAGGCCGCUCUGUCCCGCGCUCUGUCUGCCGUAGAUGCUGCCGUAUCGGAGCGCAACAAGGCUGAAGCAGGCUGCAGAGGGUGUGUGCCCUGUCUGUUUCAGGACUGUGGACAGCGAAAAGGCGCUUGUGCUUCUCCAGAGGACACACAGUCAGAGCCGAGUUGUCAGGUCAUCUCUGGCGCUCAGGAGGAAGCUGAUGAAGGAGAGAGGAGUUGGUUGCUGAGUCAGGCCUGUGGCUUCUACAAACGCCGUUGCACACCUGCACAGGUGAACAAAGACCUGUGCGUCAGAGUCAUGGGAGAGAGCUGCAGCGCUCGUGUCCUGCAGUGCAGUCUGCUCAACACCAUGCAGAACCUGGAGCCGGCCACACAGACCACAGCACAAGCUGUGUGUGGCCAGCGGUUCUCUGUAUCGCAAAACCUGACACAGCCUCACUCUCGUAUCAUGGGGGGAUCUCCUGCCCCUCUGGGCAGCUGGCCAUGGCUGGUGAACCUUCGGCUGGAUGGGGCUCUGAUGUGUGGGGGCGUGCUGGUUGACAGCUCUUGGGUCCUCACUGCCGCCCACUGCUUUGCUGGGAGCCGCAGUGAGAGUUACUGGACCGCAGUAGUGGGAGAGUUUGACCGCACAAAAACUGACCCUGAUGAGCAGAUCAUGAAAGUCAAUCGCAUCAUCACUCAUCCGAAGGUAAACACAUCAAAAACGCAACCAUUCCAAUAUUCCACUUGUUAA